AUGGUUGCCCAGAUUGAUAGCCCACUGAUCAUGGUUGCCCAAAUUGAUAGCCCACUGAUCAUGGUUGACCAGAUUGAUAUCCCACUGAUCAUGGUUGACCAGAUUGAUAGCCCACUGAUCAUGGUUGACCAGAUUGAUAGCCCACUGAUCAUGGUUGACCAGAUUGAUAGCCCACUGAUCAUGGUUGACCAGAUCGAUAGCCCACUGAUCAUGGUUGCCCAGAUUGAUAGCCCACUGAUCAUGGUUGACCAGAUUGAUAGCCCACUGAUCAUGGUUGACCAGAUUGAUAGCCCACUGAUCAUGGUUGACCAGAUUGAUAGCCCACUGAUCAUGGUUGCCCAGAUCGAUAGCCCACUGAUCAUGGUUGACCAGAUUGAUAGCCCACUGAUCAUGGUUGACCAGAUCGAUAUCCCACUGAUCAUGGUUGCCCAGAUCGAUAGCCCACUGAUCAUGGUUGACCAGAUUGAUAGCCCACUGAUCAUGGUUGACCAGAUCGAUAGCCCACUGAUCAUGGUUGACCAGAUUGAUAGCCCACUGAUCAUGGUUGCCCAGAUUGAUAGCCCACUGAUCAUGGUUGACCAGAUUGAUAUCCCACUGAUCAUGGUUGACCAGAUUGAUAGCCCACUGAUCAUGGUUGCCCAGAUUGAUAGCCCACUGAUCAUGGUUGCCCAAAUUGAUAGCCCACUGAUCAUGGUUGACCAGAUUGAUAGCCCACUGAUCAUGGUUGACCAGAUUGAUAGCCCACUGAUCAUGGUUGACCAGAUUGAUAGCCCACUGAUCAUGGUUGCCCAGAUUGAUAGCCCACUGAUCAUGGUUGCCCAGAUUGAUAGCCCACUGAUCAUGGUUGCCCAGAUUGAUAGCCCACUGAUCAUGGUUGACCAGAUUGAUAGCCCACUGAUCAUCGUUGCCCAGAUUGAUAGCCCACUGAUCAUGGUUGCCCAGAUUGAUAGCCCACUGAUCAUGGUUGCCCAAAUUGAUAGCCCACUGAUCAUGGUUGCCCAGAUUGAUAGCCCACUGAUCAUGGUUGACCAGAUUGAUAGCCCACUGAUCAUGGUUGCCCAGAUUGAUAGCCCACUGAUCAUGGUUGCCCAGAUUGAUAGCCCACUGAUCAUGGUUGCCCAAAUUGAUAGCCCACUGAUCAUGGUUGCCCUACGAAGACUAUAUAGAAUACAGGUAGUAUGCUAA